UAUUUUCUUUUGGGUAGAUGGCCGAGGGAAGAGGAAGAAAAGAACAACAAAGGAGGGAAAUGGAGUAAACAUUGAGGUCAUACUUUGGCGGGAAGGAGAAAGAGUAGAAUGGAGGAGUCACAAGGAAUGGCAAUGGAUUCGGAUGCCCCCGAUCUGGUCUGCCAGCUCGACAACGUCCAAGGUAUGGUGGACGCCCUCACCGCCGUCAGAUGGAAACGCCAUCAGGAUGCGGUGAUCGAAUUAUCUGAGCAUGGCAUCGUUUUAAUCGUCGAGGAAACAAAUUGUCUUCAGGCCAAGGUUUAUCUACAGUGCGAGCUUUUUACUCGUUACGAGUAUGGCGCCGAAGGCCGACCUCGAUUUGGAGUGAGUUUGGGGUUGUUUGUCGAUUGCUUGAACACAUUUUCGGUUCCUGGGCAUUCAAGUACAAUCGAAAUUCGAUAUCCUGGACCUGACAUGCAACUUCUUCUCAAGUCUGUUGAUUCACUAGACUCGGGCAUUUAUGCAGAGAUCAGGACGAGGAUCCCAGAGACAAUAUCAUGGGAUUACAAUUUUGAACCUGCAGGGAGCACACCACUCACUUUUACUGUUAAGACUGCUGCAUUGAAGGAAGCAGUCGAUGAUCUUGAAUGGCCUGGAGCAAGCAUCCAGAUCACUCUACAACCAUCUCCCCCUUGUGUUACCUUCAGAAGCGAUGGACAUGGAGAUUUGCAGAUAGACUUCAUGUAUUAUGCAAAUGCUGAUCUUUUAAUGGCAUUUCAUUGUGAUCAUCAAGUGUCUUACGGGUACAAAUACAAGUUCCUUCGAGCCACAACUUCAAACAUACCUGGCAGUGUCGUUAGAGAUAAUCGAGGAAGCAAGUUGACCAUUGGCAGAGGUGGAUUGCUUAAAGUUCAGCACCUAGUUUCCGUGGCAAGAACAUCAACUGCACAUCCACACAUUGAUUCUGCAGGUUAUCAGCAACCAAGCCGAAUUGCAUAUAUAGAGUUUUUCGUGAAACCAGAGGAAGAUGAAGACAGCUGAUGGUUUGUAUUAUCUUGUUGUAAGAUAUUCAUUAACCCAGUUAUAAUUAGUUGCAAACUGUGGAGUCUCUUUCACUAGCCCAAAAAUUUUAACCUUCAUCUCAUGCCUGUGUUAUAGAUGCUUGCACAAUGCACAAAUGAAAUCAAAGUGCAUUUAUUUAGUUUCAUGGUUCA